AUGGAUACGACUAUUAAACGAGCUGAUUGUCUUUGUCACAAAGCCGACGAGACCGCCGUAGAUAAGGAACUUAUGGUGUCGCACAUAGACAAUACUAUACAGUUAUGGAAAAACUAUGAAGAUAAAUUCUACAAGAAGUUUUUGCCUAUACAAUCUGAACAACAACAAAAGAUUUACGACGACCUAACCGCCAAGUUCGCAGCGCACAUGGCCAAGCUUAACGAAGUCAAGGUCACUGUAGAGAAGAUGGACCGUAAGGAGAAAGUCCUGGCGUUCACCAAGGAACAGUACACGAAGGCUGUGGAGCUAAAGGAAAUGGUGUUCCAGUACACUCAUGAGUACUUGUCCUUGUUGCUGGCUGAUCAUCUCGCUGAAAUCAGAGGUAGUCUGAAGGAGAUCCUGAAUCAGACGCGAAACAAUCUAAAACAGCUAGAAAAUAAACGCGACAGCGACGUGAAUGAACUCCUCAACAAACUGUAUGAUAAGAACAAGGAACAUCUGAUGUACACUCGUAAGAGAUGUGGCUCCCAUUGCGAGUUAGUGGAGCUGGGUCACGCCAUCGAGAAGAUCCGCGCCGAAGUCCUCAACUCCGGCAACCACGACGCCGUGUGGCUAGUCACCGAGAAACUGGAGCUGUACGAGAAACGGUACACGGAAUUUGAGACGGUCUCGAACAACCUGAUCACGCUGAAGGCAGAACUAGAGAAUGUUCACAGAGAAGAGAGCAUCUAUGAGUCAAGGAUGACGACAGAGUUGCCAGGCACCAAGAACUGGUGUUGGCAGCAUAUGGGCACGAACUUCGGUAAACGAAAGGAGGAGUUGAAGCAACUGCUGAUUAAGGCAGCUAAGGCUUUGACCACGUUCUUCGUUGUUCGAAGUGCGACUUCGGAAAGAAUGAUAUAUCAGGACGAAACGGGAUCUUAUGCUAUAGACCAAUAUGGACACAGGAUCUACAUUUUCGAUCAUGGACUGACCAGGUACCAUUUGGAUUGCGAGGGGAACUAUAGAAGGCUCAACGUCAAGCCGGUGGAGCACUUUGACGAAAUUGGCCGCUACAUCCUCAGAGACAACGAGAAGAUUUACCAAAGAGAGGACUGCGCCAGUCUUUACAGACUCGGUGAUGAUACGCUCCUUCAAAAGGUAACACGAGACUGCGGCCAUUCGGAGAAUACCAAAGUGGAUUGCGCGAUGGGCAUCAAGGAUCACUCUAAUGACGUCAUACUGCCGGACGCUAAACCUGUGGAUAUCAAGAGGACCUUGAACAGCGAAGUGGCGAAGUACCUGUGGGAUUCGUUGGGCUGCAUUCUGCCCGACGUGCUGUUAGAUGUGUGCCAGAAACAGCCCAAGAACCCCAUACACUACAUGGCUCAUAGUCUGCUCAAACACAAGUACAACAAGACUCCUGCUGAAUUACUUCAAAAAAAAAAGGAAUCCGAAGCGUAUCGCGCCAAUAUAUUCAAGGAGAGAAAAGAAAAAGCCAAAGCGGAGAGCGUAGCGUGGAAAGCUGUUCAGGUGCAGCGCCGCAAGCCCGAGGAAUCCGACGACUCGUACAACCGCACCAUUCACGACAUCCACGUCGCCACUAACGAGUUUAUCAUGUCGCUCGAUUAUUAUAACUAACUAAAUAUUCAGAAAAAAAAUGAUACAAGUCCUAGUGUUUUUGGGUUCAUUCUACUCGGGAUCGACAGCACUCUCAGUCCCACCAUUGUUCUAAAGUGUGGGCUCCUAUGUCACGUUUUAAUACUCGGGAUCGACAGCACUCUCAGUCCCACCAUUGUUCUAAAGUGUGGGCUCCUAUGUCACGUUUUAAUACUCGGGAUCGACAGCACUCUCAGUCCCACCAUUGUUCUAAAGUGUGGGCUCCUAUGUCACGUUUUAAUAAGUACUUUUUUCUCUUACGAAAUCGAAACUACAAAUUCCAUAGAAUUUUUUUUGCAUUAGGAUUAUAUCUGCAAGUGAUUCUUAGCUAAUUAACCCAAAAAUAUCAGGAUCAGAGAGAAUCAGGUCCUUGGCCUCUGUGUUAGAAAAAAAACGUGCCCUCAAGUUUGACGCCGUGGCUUGCGUGGGCGACGGUCGCGCAAUGGUCGCGCGACGGCGAUGCGACGCAUUUCGUAUGCAUCAAACCUUAUCGAUAUGGAAGUAUGAGACGCGACGGCGACAGUCGCGCGAUCGUCGCCCACGCAAGACACGGCGUGAUAACCGAGGAACAGUUCGACAAGGAGUUUUAGAAAUUAGAAAGUGGCAACAUCGUAGUGUUCCAGUUUUCUUAUUCUUAUAGGAACGACACUACAGUGUUGACACUUUUUUAAAUGUGUACUCUAGUUUUUGUCAGGCUGUAUGACAUUUUACCCUCAAUUUUAUUAUGUGCUCUCUUUUUAGUUAGUUUUGGUAAACAUCUUCUGGCAACAUUGAACAACCAUAGAAAAAAUAGCAUUUAGCAAAGUGUGAAUUAUGUUUUCUGUCAUUCUCAAGACGUAAGGGCGAAUUCUAAUUACCGCGACUCAUUUGUUUUCAGUGGAAUUUCAAUUCUAAUUCUAAUUUAUUAGAAUUCGAAUUCCACUGAAAAUGGAAGCGUCGCGGCAAUUAGAAUAUGGACAAGACGAGAAUUACCGUUUUAUAGUUUUGAUAAAGUAAUAGUUAUUUUCCCCUCACUAGCUCGGAAACACGUGUGU